AUGCACGAGGGGACGUGUAAGGCGGGGAGUUCGGGCUAUUACAAGUGCGGCCGAACUGGUCAUAUGAGCCGAGAUCGCACAGCCACUACCACCACCACGAAAACAGCAGAUCUGAUUUGCUUCCAGUACAAUCAAAGGGAACACAAGCAGUCCCAGUACCCGAGCUUAGCAACAGCAGGGAAGGUGGUAGCGCCUUCUCCUACCACAUUGAGGAUUACAGAUGGCCGUCAGGGCUGGGCUGAGUCGCCUACGGUGCGGUGCAGGGCUUUUCAGCUUACUGUAAAGGAGGCACGAGCAGCUCCUAACGUGGUGAAGGCUAUGAUCGUUCCUAGUGAAUGGUAUGAAUUUUUUCAAUUAAGAUAUGAUGCUAGAGGUAGACGAGGGUUUACAACGUUGCAGAAAUGUGUUACAGUCAUUCGUUUGAUGGUUAUGGGGGAGUCACCCGACACCAUGGACGACUAUAUGAGAAUGUCCGAAAGAACCAUAAGGGAGAGUUUGUAUACAUUGUCAAGGGGUAUCGUUGCAACAUUUGGAGACGUGUAUUUGCGGAAACCUUCGUUACAUUAUUUGCAAGAAUUAUAUGCGGUGCAUGAAGAACGUCAUGGGUUUCCCGGAAUGAUCGGAAGCAUUGAUUGCACACAUUGGAAAUGGAAAAAUUGUCCGGUAGCAUGGAAAGGGCAAUACGCAAGUAGUUAUCACGAAUCGCCUUUGUUGGUUUUAGAGGUUGUUGUUUCUCAAGAUUUAUGGAUUUGGCAUGCAUUUUUUGGGGUUGCGGGUUCCAACAAUGACGUCAACGUUCUUGAUCAGACGCCAAUAUUCGACGAUCUUUUGAAUGGAAAGACCCCGGAUGCUCCUUUCAUGGUGAAUGGAAACAAAUACAAAUAUGAAUAUUACAUUAUAGAUGGAAUAUAUCCUCAGUAUCCACAUUCGUGA